AAAAUAUAUAUUUAAAUAAAAAAAUAGAUACAAAAUUUAACUAUUUGUUUAGAUAUGAACAAUAAUUAUUUAUUUAUUUUUUAAAUAAUCAGUUUAGUGUUAAUUAAAUAAAUAAAAAAAAAAGUGUUACUCAAAUUGUGAUAAAUUUUCAAUUGGCUAUUAGACAUUGAUCACGUUUGGAUCCAGCUGCAGCUUAUCUCAUUGAGAUCAACAAAAACAUCUUAUUAGUUACCUAGUAUAUUAAUUAACAACAACAAAAAAAUGGACAACAAAAGCUCGCCAAUUAUUAAUUUUCAUCCAAUAAUAUCAUCAAUUCAGAAAAUAGCACUCUAUGAAACAAAAUCUAGAUUUUACCUGAUGGGAUCUAAUAACACACUGUCACGAUUUCGAGUAUUAAAAAUUGACAGAAUGGAGCCAAAAGAUUUAAUUGUUGUAGACGACAAAGUAGAAUAUAAUCAGAAUGAAAUUGCAGAGCUGGUAAAUAUGAUUGAUGAUGGAAAUCGUAAUAGAGCACAGAGAAAUAAAUUCAGUGGUGUUACGAAGAUUGUAUCAGCAUUUGGCAUCGUUGGAUUUAUCAGAUUCCUUGAAGGAUAUUACAUAAUUUUAGUGACAAAAAGAAGACGUGUUGCUGCAAUUGGUCAUCAUACAAUAUAUAAAAUUGAGGAUACAUCAAUGAUUUAUAUACCAAAUGAUUCAGUUAGAAUAUUUCAUCAAGAUGAACAGAGAUAUGUCAAGAUGUUUCAAAGCAUUGAUUUAAGUAGUAAUUUUUAUUUUAGUUAUUCUUAUGAUAUAACUCAUACACUACAAAGUAAUCUUGCUCCACCAAAACACAUAAAAUCAGAUUUAUUUAAAGACAAUAAUACUGAUGAAAGUGCUGAUUUUUUUAACAUGUGGUCAACAAGAAAAGAUAAUCAUAAAAAUGAAUAUGGAGAAAAAAUAAUUGAUUAUGGAAUAAGAAGUAAUCCACAUCGUCGUUUUGUAUGGAAUAGUCAUUUAUUAUCACCAGUUGAAAAAGAUUUACAUCAUGAUUGGAUAAUGUAUAUAACACAUGGUUUUAUUGGUCAAUCAAAUGUUAGUAUAUUUGGUAAAUCAAUAUAUAUAACAUUAAUAGCACGUCGUAGUAAUCGUUAUGCUGGUACAAGAUUUUUAAAACGUGGUGCAAAUGAUGAUGGUGAUGUUGCAAAUGAAGUUGAAACAGAACAAAUUGUACAUGAUUCAUGUGUUAGUUCAUUACAUAAUGGUAAAUUUAGUUCAUUUGUACAAAUGCGUGGUUCAGUACCAGGUAAUUGGAGUCAAGAUAUUAGUAAAAUGGUACCAAAACCAACAAUAUCAUAUGAUCUUGCUGAUCCAUAUUUUGAAAUUUCAAGUUAUCAUUUUAAUGAACUAAUGAAACGUUAUGGUACACCAAUAAUAAUAUUAAAUUUAGUUAAAAAACGUGAAAAAAAAAAACAUGAAAGUAUAUUAAGUGAAGAACUUGAUACUGCUGUUGAAUAUUUAAAUCAAUUUUUACCAAUUGAUUAUCAUAUACAAUAUAUUAGUUUUGAUAUGGCCAGAAUGAAUAAAGGUAAAACAGCAAAUGUCAUGGGUAGAUUAGGUAAUAUUGCAAAUAAUGCUGUUAUUAAAACUGGUAUAUUUCAAUCACAAUAUAAAUAUCCAUGUCAAAGUAAUUUUUUUGAUAAUAAUAAUAAUUUAAAAAAAUUAAAUAAUACAUUAUUACAUAAUUAUGAUGAUAAUAAUCAUAUUAAUAGUAAUGAUGAUAAUAAUAGUAUUGAAAUAAAAGGAACAUUACAAACUGGUAUAAUACGUACAAAUUGUGUUGAUUGUCUUGAUAGAACAAAUACAGCACAGUUUGCAAUUGGUAAAUGUGCAUUAGGUUAUCAAUUAUGUGCACUUGGUGUACUUGGUCAACCAAAAUUAGAAUUUGAUUCUGAUUGUGUUAGAAUGCUUGAAGAAUUAUAUGAAGAUCAUGGUGAUACACUUGCAUUACAAUAUGGUGGUUCACAACUUGUUCAUAGAAUAAAAACAUAUCGUAAAACAGCACCAUGGACAAGUCAAGGUAAUGAUAUUAUGCAAACAUUAAGUCGUUAUUAUAGUAAUACAUUUUCUGAUCAAGAAAAACAACAUACAAUGAAUUUAUUUUUGGGUUUAUUUAUACCAAAAGAAGGUAAACCACAAAUAUGGGAAUUAUUAACUGAUUAUUAUCUUCAUCAUAAAUCAUCAGUAAUAUAUAAUAAAAGAAAAAAAUUAUUAACACAAUGGUAUGAUGAUGAUUUGCUUAAAUGUUUACCAUUAUCAUUAUAUCAAGUUACAAAAUCAUGUACAGAAAUGAUACAAGUACAUAAUACACAAGAAGAAAUGAUUGAUAUUUAUUAUGAUUAUUAUAGACCAUAUGAAUUAACACCAUUAUUAGAUUUAUAUGCAUAUCAAGUUAGUCAUUCAAUACGUGAUUUUAUGCCACAUUUUACAACAAAUUAUAGUCCAUUUGCUGUUAGAAUACGUCCUGGUAGAAGACGUGAAGAAACAUCAACAAAUAAAAUUGUUAAUAUUAAAAAUCCAUCAAUGACUGGACAAAGUUCAACAAGUUCAACAGCAUCAAGUGCAAGUUCAUCAAUUGAUAGUAGUUCUGAUGAUGAUGAUAAUAAUAAUCAUAUGAAUUCAAUUGAUUCACAAUCAUUAUCAUGGAGAGAAACAAAUGAAUACAUGACAUUUGAAAAUUUAUUUCCAUCAAUGAAAGAUGUUUAUGGUACUGAACCAACAAUACCAGGACGUACUGAUUUAGUUUUGUAUAAAAGAUUUGUUAUGAUUGGUAAAAAUGCAAUAUAUCCAAGUGAUCAUUCAAGUGCAAGAUUUCGAAUGGUACAGCUUGCAACAUUUCCAGAUAUUGCACCAAUUAAAAUUCAAUUACCGAGAGUUGAAGAUUAUAGUAUUUCUAUUUAUGAGCAGUAUGUUGAGAGAGGAAAAAAUGGUGGUUUUCAACCUUCACCAAAUGAUUUAAAGCUUUAUGAAAAAUAUGAAAAUCAACAAAAAUUGUCACUGGGUAUUGCAAGCAAGGAACCAUUUUAAUUUAAUUUGUUAUUCAUUGAAUUGUUUUUCUUUUUUUAUACAUAAAUAAAUAUAUAUAUAUUUUUUUUCAAGUUAGUUAUUUAAGCUAAUAAAAUACUUGUUUAUGAUAAUUAUGUUUAAAUAUCUAAAUAAAAAUUUUUAUUAAAUACAUUAAUGCAAUUUUAUUUAGAAAAAAAAAAAAAAAAAAAUGACAAUACAAAAGU